UCUCGCGAACCAGAAUUCAGUAGCAUAUGACUUGGCGAGUAGGGUGGAUGUUCGUCCGCCAGUCCGUCGGUUACAAGUCAAAUAAACUCAGGGCUUCCAGUGCGUAUUUUUUGUACUUAUUGUGUAACCGAGUAACCCAAGUGUUUCCAGUGCCAUUUUGUGAAUCAAAUUUGGAUUUCACUCUGCAAAUUUGGGAUUUCACCAAGAUGGUUACGCGGCGAUGACGACUGGUCAGAAGAUGGAGUCGAAAGGCACCCAGAUCCACCUGCCCCUGAUAGGGCGCGGCAGCCGGGGCGAGCUCAGCGACAAGGUCAUGUUCUCCCAGGGCAAGCCUCUCCCCGAGCAACUCAACAAUGGGCAGCUGUUAGGAGGCUCUCAAAUGAAUCUCUGCAACGGCGGCGCGGGCGCACCCAUCACAGGCUUAGUACCAAAGAUACCCAACGGCUAUGGCGACCAGAAGAAACCCAUGGCGUCUCUCACCCACCUCCCCAAACGUCCCCCGGUCGACAUCGAGUUCUCAGAACUGUCGUACUCCGUCAGCGAGGGUCGGAAGAGGGGCUACAAGGCUCUGCUCAAGUGCAUCAAUGGGACAUUCCGCUCCAGCGAGCUGACGGCCAUCAUGGGGCCUUCCGGCGCUGGGAAGAGCACCCUUAUGAACAUAUUAGCUGGUUAUAAAACAUCGAACGUCAGUGGUUCAAUCCUAAUAAACGGAAAGGAAAGAAACCUUAGAAGGUUCCGCAAGCUGUCCUGCUACAUAAUGCAGGACGACUGUCUCCUACCACAUCUCACUGUCAGAGAAGCGAUGCACGUAUCAGCGAACCUGAAACUCGGGAAAGAUAUGACCGUGACGGCCAAAAAGAUUGUCAUUGACGAAAUCUUGGAAAUGCUGAGUCUGGUAGAGGCUGGUGACACGAGGACCAUCAACCUCUCUGGAGGACAAAAGAAACGCCUGUCAAUAGCUUUAGAAUUAGUCAAUAAUCCGCCUGUUAUGUUCUUCGACGAGCCUACAUCUGGUCUGGACAGUUCUUCGUGUUUCCAAUGUAUAUCGUUGCUAAAAUCCCUGGCCAGGGGUGGCAGGACUAUUAUUUGCACCAUCCACCAACCGUCCGCGCGGCUGUUCGAAAUGUUCGACUUUUUGUACACUCUGGCUGAUGGGCAGUGUAUAUAUCAGGGACCUGUGCCUGGUUUAGUGCCAUUCCUGUCUUCGAUGGGGCUGCAUUGUCCUAGCUACCACAAUCCUGCUGAUUAUGUGAUGGAAGUGGCGACUGGUGAACACGGGGACUGGGUCCACAAGUUGGUGAUGGCGGUGAACAAGGGCAACUGUGGUCGUGGCCAGUCCUCCACGUCUUCUUCCUCGUCCUCAGUCCCACAGAACUGCAACUACAAUAACCAGAACAAGAACAACGUUAAGAAGGAAGCCCUCGAGAUUGUUAUAGACAAACCAACCUGCACUGUGAUAGACAUGUCCGAACCGACACUCAAUACAGACAAAGAGAAGCAAAUCGCACUUCCCAACGCAACCAAUCUAGCCCCAGUCACAUGUACCACAUCUCUCUUGGACUCCAGCGAGAGUUUCACAAAGAAACCUGCAAACUUAGGCUUCCCUACAUCUGGGUGGAAGCAAUUCUGGAUCUUAUUGAAGCGGACGUUCCGGAGUAUAAUGAGAGACCAGAUGUUGACGCACUUAAGGCUAUGUUCGCAUACAAUCGUGGGGUUGCUGAUCGGUUUCUUGUAUUACGAUAUUGGUCACGAUGCUGCGAAGGUUAUGAGCAACGCUGGCUGUAUAUUCUUUACUGUGAUGUUCACUAUGUUCACGGCUAUGAUGCCUACGAUACUUACAUUCCCAACGGAGAUGAGCGUGUUUGUGAGAGAGCAUUUAAAUUAUUGGUAUUCGUUAAAGGCGUUCUACUUUGCGAAGACUAUAGCAGAUCUACCUUUUCAGAUAGUAUUCAGUGGCGUGUACGUGAUAAUAGUGUACUUUAUGACGGGCCAGCCGAUGCAGACCGACCGGGUUCUCAUGUUUACCACUAUCAAUAUACUCACAGCCCUUGUGGCGCAGUCGCUAGGCCUCUUAAUUGGCGCUGCUAUGAAAGUCGAAACCGGAGUCUACUUAGGACCAGUGACAACUAUCCCUGUGGUUCUCUUCUCUGGUUUCUUUGUCAACUUCAAUGCAAUACCAAGUUACUUGCAAUGGUUGACGUAUCUAAGUUAUGUGAGAUACGGUUUCGAAGGUGCCAUGUUGUCAGUCUACGGUUUCGGAAGAGAAAAGCUGCAUUGCUCCGAAGCGUAUUGCCAUUUCAGAACUCCCAGUCUCUUCCUCAAAGAGAUGACGAUGGAUCACGCAAACUUCUGGGUCGACGUCGGCGCUUUAAGCGCUUUCUUUGUAUUUAUUAGAGUAAUCUCCUAUCUAGUUCUAAGGUUCAAACUGAAAAUGAUGCAGUAGAUCCGACAGCACAAAAAGCGCUUUGUAUUUUAACGGUGAUAAUCAAUUUUUCCAUUUAUACCCCACGGUUAGCGGCAUGGGCGUAGCCAGUUUUAUGGAAAGUAAAUUUAAUUUAGUCCACGGACAAAUCUGGCGAGAUUCCGUGAGCAGAAAUUUUGAAGUAAAACUUUUUCAGGCGCGAUUCAAAGCAAAUUCACCCACCAUACUUAUUCAAAAUGGUUGCCAAACAGAACAGCUGUUUCGAGACUGCCAUAUUUUAUAUUUCGGGAUUUUUCGAAAUACCAAGUAGUUAGUAAUUCAUUUUCAAAAAUGAAAUCACGUGUACGUUUAUACUUCAAGUGUGCGGAUAAAUUACCGUAUACUUAAUUUUCGGCGUCUUGUUCGCGCGAAUUAAAUAUAGUGUUCCCCUAACAUUUAAAUAUGUCACUGUCAUUGUAGCGGAAUCUUGUACACUCGCUCGCUUGUAUUUCCGCUCGCGGAAUUCCGCUAUAUUUGUUUCUAGUGUUAUGGAAACCCAGCUUGGUCUCCACGGGUGUACAAUGCACAUACUUGAUGUAUUAAAGUUUAUAGGAACGGAUUCAAAAUAUGUGUGAACGCAACGUUCCAGCAUUGUUUUCGUCUAUAACGCUUGUGCGGCGAGUAUGUAAUUACCGGUUUUAGCUUUUAGAAGGCAGCAGAAGUGAAGGAUAUUGUUAGAAUGUAGGUUGCGGGAGUAACUUAAGAUGGCUCUUUUUAAAUACUUGUCGAAGACUUCGGUUUAGGAGUAGAUAUAAAUAAAGAUAAAAAGAUUUAAACAGGGAUUGAAAAAGGUGAGCAGCAUAGAAUAAGAAGGGUAACAACAGGAAAUGUCACGGAUUAGUAUUAGUAUUAAAAUAGAAAUAUUAGUAAUAUUUGGAAUAGGUAGGCGUAAAUCAUUUCAAUACAUUUUGCUUGAAACUACAUAUAAAGUACCUACUUUGUUACAUCCACCUACAUACAAAUUAAGUAUUGCAGACAAUGCAAUAAAAUAAUAUUAUUGCAUUGUCUGUAUCCCAAGCACAAUCAGUGUGACAACGUUUUCUCAAUGCUUUGUGCCCAAUAGUGAGAAAGAUUUGUCGCAAUAAUUGCGUUUAGGCUGCUCAUGAUACAAGUUGGUAUUAAUACUGAUUCUGUUGUGAACUCAAUUUUAAAGCAUUCGCAUCUUUUUCUUACCGAUAUAAUACGAAAAGGACGGACAAACUUAUUUUAAUUUAAAACUGUCAAUCUCGUGACUCUAUGGGCCAGUUUCCCCAUAACACUAAAACUUAAGGGUGUUAACUUUAAACUCAUUUUACGUCCAUUUUUAAGGAAUCUUAAAAAGAAAAAGAUGCAGAUACUCUAAAUUAAGUUUAGAUCAGAAUCAACGCCAUUGAGUGGCGUUUACGAAUUACAAAUGUAUUGAAAAACGUAGUAUGAUAAGUGUGCAAGUAUAAAAAUGAACUAGGCGUUCUUAAAACCCUCGCCUGCGGCUGGGGCUUAAACCGUCGUCUCGAUUUUAAUUACCAAAAAAGUACACAUGUAUCGUAAACUACUAUUAAUUGUGAUAACAUAUUAUAGUUGUCUAGUUUAUUUAAAAUUUUGGAAAGUUUUGAGAGCUGAUGGAAUCCUACCGCCUUUCGGUUACGCCCAUGGUUAGCAACACUGCCCGACGUGUUUCGCUUAGUGUUACUUUAGGCAAAACCAAAACCGACAGAUAUCAAAACUGGUCAAAACUUUAGAAGCAAGUAAUCAAGUUGUGUAUUAAAUACCAACCUAUUCUGAGAUUUAUAGUACGCACUUCGACUUUGUUCAGACUUAAGCCACUGUCAACGAGACAGCGCUUCAUCGCUUUUUUAUUCAGAUAAGUUAGCCCAACUGCAAUCUUACGUGGUAAGUGAUAAUGCAGUCUAAGAUGGAAGCGGGCUAACCUGCAAGAGGUAUGGCAGUUUUUUAAACUCAUACCCCUUUGGUUUCUACACGGCAUCGUACCGGAACGCUAAAUCGCUUGCCGACAUGGCUUCGCCGGUAGGGUGGGAACUAGCCACGGCCGAAGCCUCUCACCAGACCAGACCAGAAAUUGACAUAAAUUACGUCUCGUUUUAACUGAAGUUUGAGUCUGAGCAAAGAGUACCCUCUAUAGAAUUCAACCUUAGUCUAAGGCGACUUAGUCUUAAUCUAUAGAAAGUACUUUGAUUUUCUCCGACUUAAACUUCAGUUAAAACGAGACGGUUUUAUGUCAGCAGUAUAGCGCUGUCUCGUUUUAACAGUGCAGCAAAGUCAAAGUGAAUCUAUAGAUCUAUAGAUCUCAACGUAUGACUUGUGCAAACCGCCAUGUUGCAACUUCAGAGUGGACUUCUUGCUAUGCGCGCACCGUAAUAGCAAGAAUCUGUCAGUUUUGUAAUUUGUUCAGAAACUACGCGCCGGCGCAUCUAGUUGUUAUAGUAGGUUUAAUAUAGUUUUCGAAAUAUAUAGCUUUAUAGAACGCAGUUCGACUCGGUCGAUAUUAGUCUUUAUACAUAAUUAUAUAAAAGGUAGGUGUAAGGUUUUUUCUAGAUCGGGCCCAUGACUUAACUUUAAGUUACUUAAAUGAUAUUAUUUUAAUUAUUACGUAUAUUUACGAGAUCACAACGUAGGCUUUUCUACUCGUUCCGUACGCUUGUGGUUACUACUUGGUGAGGGGCUUGCGGUCUGUCGAAAUUAUGUUUCGUGUGAGAGUGAUUGAAUGAAACAAUUGUACAAGAUUCCGAAUAACAUCGAAAUGAUAUACAUAAAAUAAUCUUUGUCUGUUUGCUACUUAUGCAUUCAUGCACUGUUCGUGCAACUGAGCUGAAACUUUGCACAGUUGUUGUUGACAUUUGCGUAUAGGUUUCUGAUAAUACCAUCGAUGUAUAAUAAGUGGCGCGUGAAUUACGUUGCAACGCGUACCUACUAGUAAGAAAUAAAAAUUAAUUUUAAUUAACUAGUAGCCUAAUUAAUCUGAUUUAACUAAGCAAUUCGUUCGCAGUAUGUUCGUUUAUGUAUUAUGAUUGAUAGAACAUAUUUUUAGUUAGAUCUACCCAUUACAGGAUGCAAAUUUCAAAAAUGUGUUUUGACUCUUUAUUUAGUAAGAUAGCGUCAAAAAACCCAUUCUACUACAUUUCAUCCUACAAGGCGAUUACUACAUUAAUUUAUCCUAAAGGGUCGAAAUCGAUGUUAUUCGGGAUGUUAAAUUAAAUGAAACGUGGUUUUAUGUGCCAUGUAGAUAAUUGGUAGUUGUAGAAUCAACAUCAAGCAGCUGUUUUCUCACAGAAUUAUUAUAAUUUUGUGGGACAAAUGAACUUAUUCUCUAAAGUCUGGUACUCCGUAAAAUAUUAUGUAUGACCAUGGACGGUAAUCACCUAUAAUCAUACGUACCGCUUGCUGAAAAUCUGGCUUACAUAAAAUUGAUUAGUUAGUCUAGUGGCUCUUACUUUACGGGAUGAUGUGACGUUUCGGUCUUUUGAGAAAUUCUUAGUAGCAACUCAGAGUUGGAAAUUUGGUAGUAUUAGACCACCAUUCCUCACAAUUCGCAAAGCAUGUAAAGCCGUUGGUCUUCUGACUCUCUCCAUUCGUGUCAGAUUGCCGUCCCAUAGAAAUCUGAGAGUGUGAGAGUAUUUGUGUGAUAUAAUUUCUAGAGUUAUCUCUUAGAAGAAUAGAUUAGCUAGCAGACUUUGGAUGAUAUCCAUAAUAAUAUUACAACUAAAUAAUAACCGUAGGUAGUUAAUAUUUUCAUAAUUUACCUAGUUUGCUAAUAAAUAAUAUGAAAUCGAAAAAGCGGUGAUAUGUGUGUUGGUUGGUGUGUGUAACCUAGUGGUUAAGACUUCGGACUAUUCGUGGGAGUUCGGGGUUCGAUCCCGGACAUGUACUCUACUUUUCAGAGUUAUGUACGUUUUAUGCAAUUAUAUUACUUGCUUUAACGGUGAAGGAAAAUAUCGCGUGGAAACUGGAAAUCUGCAUACCUGAGAGUUCACCACUAUUGUUCUCAAAGGUGUGUGAAGUCUGCCAAUCCGCAUUUGGCCAGUGUGGAAGGCCUAAGCUUUAGACACGUAGUCAGUAUUGGUCCGACAGUAGAGAUGAUGACGGAAGAUGAAAGGCAGCGCUCCUCCUCUACACUAUGAAAAUAAGUGAAAUUUCUAGGUUUUUCAUUGAAUGGUGUAAAAUGAUCUCAUACUUUCGUAUGUUAGAAGGGAUACGGGAUAAAGUUUUUAGUUAAUUAUUGACUGUAUAAUAAUUAUCAAGGUCUUUGCCUACUACACGUAACCGAAAUUCUAUUGUUUACAUCACUGUUGUAUAGAAUAUGUUGUUAAAGGUGCGAUUCCAUUAGGCAAAUCUUGCGUGCAAGUAUGACGUCAAAGCGUAUAAGUUACUUGCAUUGGAAACAUGUUUUUGAGAGUGCAAAUUGCAUGCAGGUUUUGAUUGUAUGCAAGUGGAGAUGUGGAGAGUAAGACAUCAUGGGUGGAAGACGUGCUGUUAUGAUCUGUGCUACUUGCAGAGUCAUUUGUGAGAUGAUAAUAUAUGUCCGAUUGAAUAAUUACCGAUGCUUCUUUAUUUUAUUGAAUAAAAUAAAUAAAAUAUAUCGUCGCAUCACUAUCAUCACCUAAAAUAAAAUCGGUUCAUUCGUUAAGGCGCUACGAUGCCACAGACAGAUACACAGAUACACAAAUACACACGUCAAACUUAUAACACCCCUCUUUUUGGGUCGGGGGUUAAAAAUAUACAAGUUCAAACUAUACCUCAUGCAAGUUGUAGCUUGUAUGCAGAUUUGUUCAAGUUGCAACUUGCAUACAAGUAACUUGCCUAAUGGAAUCGCGCCUUAAUAGUAAUAACACGUGCCGAUCUAGUGCAACAGUUAACGUUAUCAUUAUAAUAUUCUUUAUCUUUAUUUUUCUUUAUUUUCUUAACAAAACAGUGUUUACAAACUUUAGUGAGGUUGAUAUUACAAGUCAACUCUCAAUCAAAAGGUGUACAAUGCUAUCUACUUUGAAAAUAUGAUUUGACUUUGUGUUUAUUUGACUUGGUGUGAUAAUAAUAAUAUAUUGUAACGUAUGACGUAACCUAUAAUGCGUCUUACUCAAAACCUUGAACGGGAAGCUGGAAGAAAUCUCUGUUUUGAGAUAAGCAUAUCCAACGUAGCUUAACUUAAUUUAUUAUAACUUUUUAACUACAAUUUUGGAACAUGAAAUAUGAAAAAUAAAAAAUAUAAUAAUAUAACUUAUCAGUUGCUUAGUAGGUACUUAUAAUAAUCACUGAAAUUGACAUUGGAUGUGAACUUAAGUGGCCAUCACAAAAUAUAGCAAAAUAUUAUUACUAUUGAAGUAAUUUUUUGAUAAACAUUAAAUAAUACUUAUCCUACCGGCAAAGCCGUACUGCCAAGCCAUUUAGCAUUCCGGUAUGAUCAUCACUUACUACCGGGUGAGAUUGCAGUCAAGGACUAACUUGUAUCUGAUUUAAAAGAAAGAUAGUGUGUAGUAGGCAAAGAACUUUAUUAGUCAAAUUUUGUUAAGUAUAUAAAUUAUAUUAUAUACAUAGAUGGUAUUAAUAAAAUUAUUAAGUUACCGAAUUAGUGAUUUUGUGUGAUUUUUGGUGUUUUUGUAGUGAUUUCCAUAAUUUCGACAGACCGCAGAGAUUAGGCGGGCGUACAUAUCUACUCAAUUUACAUUCUAGUUUUUAAUUAGGAGUUUAAAGUACCUUUCAUUACGCUAAACAUCUUUUGGUAAUUCUCUAUGUCUAUUCUUAAUUACCAGUAUUUAUUAAUAAUAUAAUAAACGACUGUGAUUUUUAUAAAAUA